AAUGAUGAUGAAUUUUUGUCAUUGACCACUUUCCCAGAAAUCAUGAAUGGAAGUCUUGAUUCAAAUGUUCUAAUUGGUAACUCAUAAUAUAAUUCUUUAUAUAUCUAAUUUCUUCUGCUUAUCUAAAUUAAUAGUCCAAAUUUCUUUGUAUGUUUGUAGAUGUUAUUGGUCAAGCAAUAGAUAUUGGAGAUAUGCAGGUUGUACCAGUUCAAGGUAAAGAAACAAAGAAGCUGGAACUUACUUUGACUGAUACAGAGUAAGUUAUGAACAUUACAUUAGACAAUUAUACAUGAUAAAUGUAACCAAAUCGUGUUUUUAAUAAUUUAUCUUUUUUCCUCUAUUAUCAGGGAUCACCAAAUAGCAUGUUGUCUUUGGGGUCGUUAUGCUGAACAACUUUUAUAUACAUACAAAGUUGGUCAAGUGAAUAAAAAUUUCCUCUGUUUACUGAGAUUUGCCAAAAUCAAUUUUUACAAGGGUAAUAUAUCUACUAAAAUAUUAAUUAGUAUAUAUUUAGAUUUGUAUUUUAAUUUAUUUCAAUUAUUUACUUUGUUUGUUGUAGGACAAGUCCAGAUAACAAAUGCAUUUGAUACUUCAACCUUGGAGAUAAAUCCACCUGGAUUUGAUGUGCAAGAUUAUAUCAGACUGUACGUUAUACGAUCAUAUCAUAAUACUUUUUAGAUAUAUCUACAUAGAUUCCUUCUUGUGUAAAAGUUUAAUUGCUAUAUAGGAUGCCAAAUAAUGAGCUUGCUCUCAUUACUGAUGGUCGUGAGGUUGUGAAACCCAAAGGAAACAAACGCCAACCAGAUCAGUGGUCAAUUUACCCAGAGAGAAAAAUUUUGGAUAUCAUAAUGGCGACUGAGAUUGAGAAAUGCAUUGUUACAGCAACAGUUGAUGCAAUAGACACAGAUUGGGCAUGGUAUUAUUUUGGUUGUGCUAAGUGCCACUAUAAGAAGGUUACUGACAUUACUAAUAGGGAUGUGGUGCCUGUGAAACAUCUGUGGUAUUGUGAUACAUGCCAUCAGUCAGUUACCAAUGUUGCACCUAGGUUCAAAAUACACCUAUUACUAAAGGAUGACACUGGUGAAACUAAGGUGAUGUUGCUUGAUACUGUUGCUGAACCUAUUUUGGGAGUAAGUGCUGAAGUACUCUUAAAUGGUUCUCUAGAAGAGGUUGAGGAUCCUGAAGACUUGCCUGACCAAGUUACUGCUCUGAUUGGGAAGACUUUCAAAUUUGGAGUCUAUGUGAACAAAGAUAAUGUUGAUUAUGGAUCCCAUAUAUUUAAUGUUGGGAAGACUUGGUCUGCUGAUGCAAUAAUAACUUGCGCGGAUGAUGAGGACACCGGAGAUACAUCGACCAUAGUUUCCUCUGAUCGUUCAUCAGAACAGGUUUGUAAAAUUUGUGAAGUUUUUAUAUUGUAUAAUAAGCAUAUUUGUUAUGGUUACUUAUUUGAUAUUUUGAAUCUGUUUUUUUGUAUUAGGUGUCUUUUGUCAGCAUUGAAACUGAAGACAACACAUGUUUAUCUUCAACUCCACUGUCAAAACGAAAAGAAAGCAGUAAUGAAAUUGAUGACCUUUCUUCUACUUCAAAGAAACAAUGCUCUAAGAUAAUCAAGGUGGAAAAGAACACUGUGGAGAAGUGAAAGGUGUUGCUGUUACGGACUUUGUUGCAUUUUAGCAAAUCAAAUAAAUGUUUUUUUAUUUUAUUUUUCUAGGAUAGUGGUUUUUUUCAGUUUCUACGUAUUAUGUUGUUUUUUUCCUAUCAAUAAGGAUGAGUUUUAAUAAAAUGAGUUUUAAUAAACUAAUAAGUUUCAUUGUUAUGCUUUCAUUAAACAUAUAUUCAAGUAGUGGAAAAUAUCCUAUUUGUUAUUAUAGAUGUUUAACCUACUGCAAAAUGAAUGUUAAGUUAUC